AUGCCUUGGCCACGUUUCGGUGACGUUAAGUCAGUAUUUGAUCUGGUAGCCACUAUCUUGACAAUUCUCGGUGUGUGGUACGGUGUCUUCAAAGCCCAAUGGCAACUUAGCUUGCGCCGAUCUACUGGGCGAUUAGGCAAUGUUUGCUGUGACAAGGAACAGAUGGGCUAUUUUUACCCAGAAGUCCCUUCACGCAAGCGUCAAAUCUUCCCAUUCUUUAUCAAAGAUUCAAAGAUACCCACGAUCCCAACAGUUGCUUGGAUAAUGAAGGCUGGCGAUGAAGGUGUUUUCACAUCGUCCAUGUUCAAUUGGAUAACCAGGCGCCAAGCACAAGUCUCAUGGAGGCCGUUGUACGAAUCUCUGUUCCGAGAAAUUGAAUUCAACAGAGCCCGAUCUAGACAAACACCACGUCAGGAUAUGAGUCACGAGUUGGAACGUUACGCGAGUCAUGCUAGACUACGCGUCACGAAACAGAUAAGCAUAGCCAAAGAAGGAAUGUCGAAGCCGUCUGUAAAUUUCGCUUACAACGAAACAAAGCUUUGGAGGCGAAAACGUCUGCAUUUGCCUUGCUUCCACAAAGACGGUCAGGCAAUGAAAAUUGGUGCUGAUCGAUUCAUUAUCAGUAUCCACGAGGAUUCGAAAUGCGUUAAAGUCGAUCGUCAAUUUAUGUAUGCGCCAUGGAAGAUUGCUAUUACGGCUUCACCCCCUUCCAAGAAGUCCUAUUCCCUGGGAAAUGACGAGGAGGUUGUCAAGCUGUCUUGGGGUCAACCAUCGCCUAUCUUGGUAAAGAGUGCCAGGCCAUUAAAAUAUCUAACAGAUACGCGCCAAAACUCUCAAUGUUGCCAGCACAAUCACAUGCAAAACCCAAUGUUUGCCAAUUGUCUCCAGCGUCUUUGGAUUGAUGAAGAUAAGCCAUGUGUCGAAGUCUCUGAAGAGGAGAUGGCAGCCCUAGCUUUCACGUUGGGUAUCAACAUGAAAUGCCCAAACUAUCAACCAGAAGGCACAGGAGCAUUCAAUAUUGCAAUGAGUUCCAGAGUGUCCGGAUGUCUCACUAAAUUCCGUCUCGUCUAUUCAGGUGGGUGGGAUCCAGGCUCAAAAGCCUGUGGUAGCGGAUACUCGACUCUUUAUGCGAAGCAUCUUGCAUGUGGCUGUCUACCAUUUGCAAUGAAUGACGCCCACGUACAAACUAUUGCGAUAGACGACGGACUAUAUCAGUCCAUAAAAAGGGGCAGGCCAAUCGUUGACGCAAAGUCGCAAUGGACCUUUGCAAUGUAUUACCUAAACCGAUUGCCAAGAUCGAGAGGCAUCAAUUUUUAUCACCAGGCUGAAAGUGACGGAGAAUUUGGCAGUAUUUAUAAUUGGGAGCACAAAGUUGUCGGCAAAUGGUGGGAAGCAGUGUCUGGGAUUGCCUUUGGUGGUCUGGUACCAUCUGCGUCAAAAGCCGCGGCUGAUGCCAUUGCCUUUUCGGUUGGCCAAUUGGCAAAUGAUCAAGGUACGGAACUCCUCCGAAGACUGAUUUUAGAAGUCAACGAAAAGUCACCACAAGCCAUUCAAAAUAUGAAAAUAUUUGGCACUGUCAACUUUCCGUUGUGGAGGGCCUGGGCUGACAAGAAGCACGGUCUUCAAUUCGGCCCUGACCCCACUGAUUCUAUCACUCGCAAAAUUGUGGAAUUAUUUGCUCUAUACUGUACGCUUCUCGAGCGCAUGAUGGCAUGUAUCUCUUACAGCAGCAACGACCCUGUCGAGGGUGUGUUUAGAGACUGCUCAGAAGAAAUCAGGCUCUCAUAUACGCGGGCCGUCAAGGAGUUCAAACCGAGAAGGGGCCUCCCCACGACAUUGCUUUCACAGGCUAGCUCUCAUUGGUCCUACCCCGGCAAUGCUCAGUCUAUCGAAGAACAAGUGCAGUUCCAGCGUAUCGGCCUAGACGCCGAACUCAAUCACCUCGUUCAGAAGAUUCGAGUACACGGACUAGACACUAUUACUAGCCGAGAUUGCGCCAAAGUCGCAAGAUGUAUAAUUUCCGAAUGGGCACGCUUAGUACGCGAUGUUCGGUGGAACGAGAGUGGGAUACGUCGGUCCAGCGAUGGGAUUCAUAACAUUGCGUCCAUUCCUGUUCCACUGUCCGAUUUACCUGAUACUUCUCUAUGGGAGUAA